UCACUCCGUGGAGUCCCAUGUAAGCGUUUGUUCGUUGGUCCCACAUAUAUCAUUUUUAUUCAUCAAUAACAUGACAUUUUAGUUCCAUAACACUGACUGCCACCUGAUAUCAUUACGUGCGACAAUCAUAACGGAUUAACAUAAUAAUCAACGAGCAAAACCCACAGUGAGGGAAAUUGAACUGAAAUUCUGAACUCUCGGUACUGAGUACAACGACACUCCUGGGUCGUUGACCAUCAACGUGCUACAUCAAAUCAUACCAGCCGAAUAAUAACAAUAACACUGGUUCACUGGGAGAUCAUAAGAACGGAGAUAGCUGAGGGUUUUUACUCACGAGUGCACGUUCAAAAGAUCCAGCAGUUUAUUCUCGCAGCGACGCAGCUGUUCAGGAUUGUGCCAAAAAGAAAUAAUUCGAGGUUGAGAAAUGGAGGGAGCCCUCACGGAAUUCGAGGAGAGUGUGAAAUUCGAUGUGGACGAUCCAGAUUUUCUACCGACUACCCUCCUUAAAUCAACAAGGACGCAAGCUGCUUUAGACCUUUCCACUCCCGGAAUCACUGUCUCCAUGACGAAACUUGAAGUAUCGAAUCAAGUUGGAAGUAUGUCUGUAACAUCAGUUCAAACUACCACGGAGAGUCUCUCCCGUCACGGGAGCAACAUUUCCCUGUCGCGCCACAGUCUCACUGGAAGUGUGGACGAUGGACUCCAAGACUCUCAUCCCCAGUAUCAAGACACUAUCCUCACCAUCGAGGAACUUCGGGCUCAAUUAAACUCCUGCUUUACAUGUGGUGUUUCGUGGAGCGAAGAGCACGUGUCUCUUGACUGCAGUGAAUGCGGUGGUUAUUCACUCCAGCGACCGUGUCCGCUAUGUGAUGGCCGGUGUCACACCUCCUGGAAGCGUGACCUCACCAUGUCCCAUGCGAGUGGCAAGGCACGAUGGAUUGGCGAGUGUGGGCUGAGUUGUGGUCCAUCACUUGACGAGAGUUUGGUUCCAGCACUGGAGAAAUUACGCGCCACGUCGUGAAUUUCUGAUGGUGAACGGCGGGGUCUUGAGGAGCUUAGACACGCUAGAAACAAGCACAAGACUUAAAAGCAAAAUCGCCAUCCAUUAUCGUGUCACAAUUUCAUUGACAUUUAAAAUAAAACUCGUCUACGUAUAUGUGGGACUUUUAAGAGUGAAUGGUAUGUGCGGCUAUAAUGUAACCAACGAGAGCUGAGACCUUUCUUUUACUCUCAUUUUAUUCGUAUGAAAGCAAAAAAGAAGGAAAAUUAGAAGAAAUAAUUGGCCCGUUGCGCAUCUCGCAACCACGUAGGUCCAUCAUAACAAAAGGUGGUUUUUGCCUGUGCACAAAACAUUAUAAAAAUGCAAACGAAUGCGCAAUAGGUUUAGAAAAAUUAAUGAAUUCUCACUGAGACGUGAAUUCCUCACUAAUUCGACGUGAUUCGGCAAAAUAUUGACGUUACCAAGGAGUAUCCAUCGAAUGAACGUGAAACACUCGUCAGCUGACGUAUUUGGUUGUAAUGCAAAUCGUCGGCAGUCGUCAUGUUUCUCAACAUCUGCGUUUUAAAAUCAUUGUAAUGCUGGGAUGAGGGGAUCCAACACGAGAUCAUGUCGUUUCAAGAAUUCACGAUUUGCGAAUAUGAAUACUCGUUAACGAAAGAAUUGGCAUCUGGAUGAUAAAAUGUAGCCAAUUCUAGUUUAAUUGUUAUUGUCGAAAUUUCAUGGUAAUCAUUCAAUAUGCAUUUGACUGACUGGAAUUAGACUAAUGAAUAAUUCGAUAUACUUACGAAAAGCUCACCUCGUCGAUUAAUGUCUGUUUUUGUAUGCCAGGAAUUUAAUAAUUCAAGUAAGAAUAUAUGAAUAUCAUAAUCACGAUUAUUCAUUUUCAUUAAGUUGAAGUAUCUGUAAUCAUUAAGUUAAUUUUCUUUUCUAAAGUAUUAAAACUUAAAUUGUGAGGUUUUGAUUAUUAGUGUGCUUUGGCAAGAACUUAUCUUUCGUUGUACCUUCGUUUUAAUAAUCCAUUCACUUUUGUAAAAUUAUUAUUUAUGACGUAUUAAACGAUAAAUCAAAUACAUUGGAUUGCUCCAUUAA